UUUUAAUUACUACCGCAUAUCGUGACUGUAGAAGAAAUGUCGACUGUAUCAGACAUGCAGGAGGCGGAGACUCCAGAUGAGUUAGUUAAGAAUUUUUUGUCAAAUCUUGAACGAAGGCAUAGAAAUCUUGUCAAGCGGAAGAGCAAACUAGAUGGCUAUCGCGAAAAACUUCAAAAGGGCGAGUCUUUGAAAGAUGAGCAAAGGAAAGCUGUUGAAAGUUACGAUGGUGUUGUGCAAAACAUUUCGUUUGUCCAGGAAGUUGUGACCCAAACUAAGGAUCUUUUAUCAAACAUGGAGACGUUGAUUGACAAACAGAUGUCCCAACUUGAAGUUGAACAUGAGAAGCAUACACUAUCCUACUUGAGUAUGCACAUAUGUCUGCAGCGCUUCCUUUCCUCUUUGGAUAUUCCAACAGUUCGUGCAGCCGUGGCGAAGUCUUCAUCAGAAAACAGUCUGAAGCUACUUGAUGCAGUGCGUGGUCUCCUGACGCCACCAGUAGUAGGUAAUUGGCCUGGAGCCAGUUCUGCUGCUUUGACAUCUACUCCGAAUUUCCUCCAGACGCGAGAGGAUCUUAAGGCUGUAGCCGCAAAUACUUAUGAUUUCACAGUUGGGCGUCCGGUACCUAUUCUGUUACCAAAUGACAUGGAUGACUUUGGGAAGAAGCGUACCACUUUCAAGGAUGUUCGGAACUUAUGCUUCCGGUUACUGGCGAAUUCUGUUGUUCAGCAGUCUAUGGGCCUCAUUGAGGAGUGUGAGACAGUAGGCAUGGCGGAGCAAAAAUCAUCAGCCGCUGUUGAGGAAACCACUCCCUGUUCUGAAUUCCCAGAGCCUGUUGAAAUACCUAUCCCGCAACAUGAUUACAGAUCAGUCGCUGACCUUAGUCACACUUCUCCGACCGCUGAACCAGUUGACCAAGUCUUAAGACCCCUCAGUAGUACUUUUAAUUUUAUCCAGGCUUCCAAGGUUGUUCACCCACAAAUUCCGGUUGAGCAUCCGACUGGUUUCGUUGAAAUGAUGCCUGUCAAUCAAGUGCCAAACAAAAGUGUUUCAUGCUUCAAUAACCACAACCUCGAAGAGGAUAACACUGACCAUCCACUGAUUAACAGAUUAGAACAGCAGUAUGUACUAGAAGUUCCUGAAACGGAGCCACCAAAGAACGAGUUUUGUGAACGCAGUCCAUCAUUGCCAUCAGGGGAUGUGGUCAGACAGCUGUCUCCUUUAAAAGCGAAUAUCGUACGACAAGAUGAUGCAGAUAUAAACGAUAAUGGUACCAAACCCAUUUCGUAUGCAGAUUCGGUUAGGAAAAUUGGAUACACCAACCCUGGCCUUCAUCGACAGGCAGGCAUGGAUAAUGUAUUUCACAACAAAAGAAUUGAUCGUGUAUUCGAGGACAAUAUUCGUGAACUGGAGCAGCCGGAUCAAAAUUUUCCCCGUGGGAACUCAAAAGUUAGUUUCCGUGGUCGCAUUGCAAGUGAAAACCGAGGAGGUCGUGGCAGUACGUUUCUAACUUCACUUUUUAAUUUCCUUAUGAUUUGUAUAAUUUAGUUAAAUGUAGAAAAAGCAGAAAUCAUCAGCGACAUCGGUCCAAUCUUAAACAUGAUAAAAACGAGAUGUUACAGACAAAACAACCAAAGUAAGCAAAGAAUAGAUGGGAAUAAUUUAGCUAAGUUCAUGAGGAUAGUAAAAAAAGAGAACAAGUAAAUUUUCCCUCAGCAUAAUCUUUGUUACACGGCUGUAUACAACUCACUGCAUUAAAAUGGUAAGCCGUAGGUUUUGAGUUGUCCGUUAUAUUAGGGAGUAUACUCCCUGGCUAUCUAAACCUUUCUAAGUAGUGUUUCACGCUUCUAACCCAGCGACAGUGUCAGGUGCUAGAUUACGAAACUGCUCCCUACUAGCUGGACGAACGCUUAAUGAUUAAAACUCAACUUGUCGUUUGAUCUAACUUGGAUUUCAAAUUUAUGAACCAUUGAUGCAAUUCAAACGUGCAUAGUUAUGAACGUACAUGCAAGUAUACACUAUAUGAUUUCCUUUUUCUUUUCACUAGGUGGUCAAAGGCGCAAUACUGGACAGCGUGGUGGUAAUUUUGGUGCCCAUCCCGGUCGUGGUGGAGCGUCUCGCGGAAUGGCAGCGGCAUACGCUCAACCUACUUAUUGAACCUUAUCUGAAUUAAACUCGAUUUACUGCUUCACUUCAUUCUUGUGGUUGACUAGGCAUUGCAUUAUGGCUUUAUUUAUUGUUGUAUGAUAUUGCAUUUCUCUUACUGGUUUGAUGAUCGCAGUAUGAAAAAUAGAAUUACAUGGCUGUGCACGCAGUGGCACGUGUGUGACUAGUUUUUCUUUAUCAGCGGUCCUACAGUUCAAAAAUGUUGAUGAUCUAGAAAAUACAUAUUCC